AUGGGGUCCGGAGGUGGGCUGGGGCUGGCGGCGGUGCUGGCUGCCGCCGUGCUGUGCGGGCCCGGGGGUCUCGCUGGGCGCGUCCUCAGCGGUCAAAAGGUGUGCUAUGGUGACUUCAAGCGUUCUUGUUACAAGUUAGCUUAUUUCCAGGACUUGUCUAGACGUGUGGGCUUUCAGGAGGCCCGCCAAGCUUGUGAAUUGGAUGGUGGGUCUUUACUGAGCUUGGAAAGUGAAGCUGAACAGCAGCUAAUAGAAAACAUGUUGCAAAACCUCACUAAAUCAGGCGCUGGGAUUUCUGAUGGUGAUUUCUGGAUUGGGUUGUGGAGAAGCAGUGAUGGACUAGCCACCUCAAGUGCUUGCCCUGACCUCUACCAGUGGGCUGAUGGAAGUAUUUCACCAUUCAGAAAUUGGUAUACAGAUGAACCUUCCUGUGGAAGUGAAGCCUGUGUUGUGAUGUAUCAUCAGCCAACUGCAAACCCUGGUCUGGGAGGGCCAUACCUUUAUCAAUGGAAUGAUGAUAGAUGUAACAUGAAGCACAAUUUUAUCUGCAAGUAUGGUCCAGAUAUUGUCUUAGAAAAAGAGUUAAGAGACAGAGCGGAGCCAGAUUACGAUAUUUUUCCAACAGUGCCAGCAGGAAAUCCUUAUGACACAAGCAAACCAGAAGAUCAGUAUCAUGUUAUUGCUACUGAAACAGGUAUAAUUCCAAAUCUAAUUUAUGUUGUAAUACCCACUAUACCACUACUGCUGUUGAUACUGGUGGCUUUUGGGACUUGCUGUUUCCAGAUGCUUCAUAAAAGUAAAGGAAGAACAAAAACCAGUCCAAACCAGUCCACACUAUGGAUUUCAAAGACGCCUAGGAAGGACAGUAGCAUGGAGGUAUAAUGACUGAAAAAAAAGCAGAAAUAACAUUUUGCAGUCAGGCUGUAUUAUGUUGUCAAAGAACAUUAGCUUGGAAUGGCUUGAAAAUGCAAAGGAUCUACAAGAAUGAACUGUAAGCUCCCCCUUGAGGCAAAUGUUCAGAUCAUUUUUAUAUAAUGUUUGAUUUUUAAUUCAGUAACAAAAUAUGCCAUGCUAAAUAAAGGGUAUGUGUUUAUUUUGCUAAGAGAUGUAAGUUAGCUAGUUGUGAGCAAUGAAAUGAACAGAGUGUUUGAAGUUUUUAUGGGGAAAUAACUACAAUGUAUAUUGGUUUUAAGACUGUUUGUAGUUAAACAAACCCUCUUGGUUUCCUUUAGUCUUUCAUGCAUUGUAACCUAGUUGAUGUACUGUAAAUGGAACUGACAAUUUUACAGUGUAACAAUUAUUUAUCUUUGCAUAAAUGUUUGAUAC